AUGUCGAACCAGGAUCAACACCGCGAUGUCUCCCAGUACAAGUACUCGGCUAUGUCCAACCUGGUUCUCCAGGCGGACCGUCGGUUUGUGUCGAGACGAAACGAUGAGGCUACGGGCGACCCCGAGUCUCUCGCCGGCAAGCUGAGCAUCCGCGACAUGGGAGCACGCGUCGCUCGCGAAUCGGCACCAAAACAGAAAAAGCCAACUGGUCUUCCCGAUGUCGAACGCGGAAAGCUGCAAGAGGGCGAGGAUGUGCUCGCGCGCGAGCAACGGAAGAAGAAGGGCGAAACGGCGCAACCGAGGGGUGCUGGUGUCCUGGGAACUGGAGACUUGCUUGUCGAAGGCAUUCGAUAUCGCCCGCGCACGCCCGCAACACGAGCGACUUUCGAGUUGAUUCUGAAGAUCGUGUCCGAUAACCUUGGCGAUGUCCCUCAGACCGCCGUCAUCAGCGCCGCUGACGUGACCCUGGAGUUCCUCAAAGAUGACGAUCUGAAGGAUACGGAGAAGAAGAGGGAGAUUGACGACCUCUUGGGCGUUUCAAUGAGUGCAAAGGAGUUCAACGAGCUCGUGAACCUCGGAAAGAAGAUUACAGAUUACGAUGCGCAGGACGAGGAUGAAGAUAUGGACGACAAUGCAGCCGACGCCGACGGAGACGAGCUUGAUGAGAGACAGGGUGUCGCAGUUGUCUUCGAAGACUCCGACGAUGAAGAGGGAGGCAUUGUCAACGAAGUCAGGGAAGAGUCCUCAGAGGACGAGGAUGCGGACGAGAACGAGGACCAACCCGCCGCUGACGCCAACGAGGCGGAGGAUAUGGACGACGACGCCAUGGUCAUCGAUUCGGCCCCUAAAAAGCAAACACAGGAUGCAAAGAACUCGAAGACAGUCUCUGCCAGAGAUAUAGAUGCAUUCUGGUUGCAACGACAAAUCGGAAAGCUCUAUGCCGAUUCUCACGAGCAACACGACAAGACGACAGACGCGCUUCGUAUUCUCUCUGGUGAGCCUGAUGAGCAGGGCGGCGACGAGAAGUCACUUCGAGAGAUUGAAAACGACCUUAUGGAGCUGUUCGAUUACGAGCACCACGAAUUGGUGCAGCUCCUCAUCGGAAACAGGGAGAAGGUGGUCUGGCUUACUCGUCACUCAAGAGCCGAGACAGAUGAGCAGCGGGCUGUUAUCGAGCGUGAAAUGGCUUCCGAAGGCCUUCAAUGGAUCCUUAAUGAGAAGUUUGGAAAGAAAACGGACGAUCAGAAGGGUCGCAAGAUGGAGAUCAAGAUGGAUCUCGACGCACCGUCGUCACUUGCAAACGCCCCUACAGAAUCAGAGCGCCCUCAAGGACUAGUGGGCGGUCUGCAACCGCGAAAACUUAUCAACCUGGAGAACUUGGUGUUUGAUCAGGGAAACCACUUGAUGAGCAACCCCAAGGUCAGGCUGCCGGAGGGCUCAACGAAGCGCACUUUCAAGGGCUAUGAGGAAAUCCACGUUCCUGCACCCAAGAAGCGCAGCGACCCCAGUGACACACUUAUUCCGAUUACCGACAUGCCAGAAUGGUCACGCUUGCCGUUCGGCACCACCAAAUCUCUCAACAAGAUUCAGUCCAAGUGCUACCCGACAGCCUUUGGAGAUGAUGGCAAUAUGCUCAUCUGCGCCCCCACUGGCAGUGGAAAGACGAACGUGGCGAUGCUUACCAUUCUCCGAGAGAUCGGCAAGAACCGCAAUCCUGAGACUGGUGACAUUGAUUUGGAUGCCUUCAAGAUUGUGUACAUCGCGCCCCUGAAAGCGCUGGUGCAGGAGCAGGUUGGCAAUUUUGGCAAGCGACUUGAGCCCUACGGUGUGAAGGUCUCUGAGUUGACUGGUGACCGGCAGCUCACCAAGCAACAAAUCGCAGAAACACAGAUCAUCGUCACUACCCCCGAAAAGUGGGACGUCAUCACGCGAAAAGCUACUGAUCUUACCUACACCAACCUCGUCCGCCUUGUCAUCAUUGACGAGAUCCAUUUGCUUCACGAUGACCGUGGCCCUGUCCUUGAGAGCAUUGUGAGCAGGACAAUCAGGAAGACUGAGCAGACCGGCGAACCGGUUCGUUUGGUUGGUCUGUCCGCUACGCUGCCAAAUUAUAAGGAUGUCGCUAGCUUCCUGCGCGUGGAUAUCAACACCGGCCUUUUCCACUUCGAUGGCAGUUUCCGCCCUUGCCCUUUGCGCCAGGAGUUCAUUGGUGUUACGGAUCGCAAAGCCAUCAAGCAACUGAAGACCAUGAAUGAUGUCACGUACAACAAGGUCAUUGAGCAUGUCGGAGCCAACCGGAAUCAAAUGCUUAUCUUCGUCCACUCCCGAAAGGAGACGGCUAAGACUGCACGUUACAUCAGGGACAAGGCUCUGGAGAUGGACACCAUCAACCAGAUCCUUCGCCACGAUGCUGGAAGUCGUGAGGUCCUUAACGAAGCCGCCAGCCAAGCUACCGACAAGGAUCUUAAGGAUAUUCUGCCUUACGGAUUUGGUAUCCAUCACGCUGGUAUGAACCGUAUCGACCGUACUGAUGUCGAGGAUUUGUUCGCUCGAGGCGCCAUCCAGGUCCUUGUAUGCACGGCUACCCUUGCCUGGGGUGUCAACCUGCCGGCUCAUACCGUUAUCAUAAAGGGCACUUCGGUUUACUCUCCUGAAAAGGGCAGCUGGGUCGAGCUCAGCCCGCAAGACGUACUGCAGAUGCUUGGUCGUGCUGGUCGUCCGCAAUUCGAUACCUAUGGCGAGGGCAUCAUCAUCACAACCCAAAACGAGAUUCAAUAUUACCUCUCUCUUCUAAAUCAGCAACUACCAAUUGAGAGUCAAUUUGUUAGCCGACUGGUGGACAACCUAAACGCUGAGAUUGUGCUUGGCAAUGUCAGGAGUAGAGAUGAAGGUGUGGAGUGGCUUGGCUACACGUACUUGUUCGUGCGCAUGCUACGGUCCCCCGGUCUGUACCAAGUUGGGGCAGAGUACGAAGAUGACGAAGCUCUUGAACAAAAGCGCGUUGAUCUCAUUCACUCUGCAGCAUCAGUGCUCAGAAAGUCAAAUCUCGUCAAGUACGAUGAGAAGACUGGUAAGCUCCAAUCUACGGAGCUUGGCCGUAUUGCGUCACACUACUACAUCACACACGGCUCUAUGGAAACCUACAACAACCUCAUUCAGCCCUCGAUCACCACCAUCGAGCUUUUCAGAGUGUUCUCUCUAAGCGCAGAGUUCAAGUACAUCCCUGUGCGUCAGGAUGAGAAGCUCGAGCUUGCGAAGCUGUUGGGCAGAGUUCCCAUCCCAGUCAAGGAGAGUAUCGAGGAACCACACGCCAAGAUCAAUGUUCUCUUGCAAGCCUACAUCUCACGACUCAAGCUGGAUGGCCUUGCUCUUAUGGCUGAUAUGGUGUACGUCACUCAGUCUGCUGGUCGCAUUCUACGCGCCAUCUUCGAAAUCACAAUGAAGAAGGGCUGGGCAUCUGUGGCCAAGACUGCCCUGGAUCUUUGCAAGAUGGCCGAGAAGCGCAUGUGGCCGACAAUGUCGCCGCUUCGUCAGUUCCCCGGCUGCCCCAGGGACAUUGUGCAGAAGGCUGAGAGGAUUGAGGUGUCCUGGAGCAACUACUUCGAUCUCGAUCCUCCACGAAUGGGAGAGCUGCUUGGUAUGCCCAAGGCCGGCCGGACUGUCUGCAGCCUGGUUGCCAAGUUUCCCAGAGUCGAAGUCCAGGCCCAAGUCCAGCCGUUGACCAGGUCUAUGCUCCGAGUCGAGCUGAGCAUCUCCCCUAAUUUCGAGUGGGAUGUCGAGGUUCACGGUCCCGCAGAGAGUUUCUGGAUCUUCGUUGAAGACUGCGACGGGGAGGACAUCCUUUUCAGUGACCAGUUCCUGCUGCGCAAGGAGUACGCCGAGUCUGAAUCAAACGAGCACAUUGUUGACUUCACCGUGCCGAUCACGGAGCCAAUGCCUCCUAACUACUUCAUCUCCGUCAUCUCGGACCGCUGGAUGCAUUCCGAAACAAGGUUGCCGGUGUCUUUCCACAAGCUAAUACUCCCUGAGAGAUUCCCGCCUCACACCGAACUCCUUGAGCUUCAGCCACUACCCGUUGCUGCCUUGAAGGUCAAGGAGUACACGAAGCUGUACCCCAACUGGGAUCACUUCAACCGCAUCCAGACACAGACUUUCAACUCCUUGUACAAUACCGACCAAAACGUGUUUGUGGGCGCACCGACUGGCAGUGGCAAGACUGUGUGCGCAGAGUUCGCUCUUCUGCGCCAUUGGGCCAAGCCAGACGCCGGGCGCGCUGUUUAUAUUGCUCCUUUCCAAGAACUGGUUGACCUGCGGCUGGAUGAUUGGCAAAAGAGACUCGGUGGUCUACGCGGCGGCAAGACAAUCGAGAAGCUUACAGGUGAGACCACCACCGACCUUAAGAUCCUGGAGCGCAGCGACCUGGUCCUUGCGACGCCCAUUCAGUGGGAUGUGCUUUCUCGCCAGUGGAAGCGUCGCAAGAACGUCUCGACUGUAGAACUUUUCAUCGCAGACGAGGUUCAUCUGUUGGGCAACCAAAUGGGUUACGUCUAUGAAAUCAUCGUUUCACGGAUGCAUUAUAUUAGGACUCAGACCGAGCUCCCGAUGAGAAUCAUCGCCCUUGGCGUUUCUCUUGCGAAUGCCCGCGACCUUGGGGAGUGGAUUGAUGCGAAGAAGCACGACAUCUACAACUUCAGCCCUCACGUUCGCCCUGUCCCGCUUGAGCUUCAUAUCCAGUCCUACACCAACCCUCACUUCCCAUCACUGAUGCUUUCCAUGGCGAAGCCCACCUAUCUGGCCAUCACGCAAAUGUCUGCAGACAAGCCGGCUAUUGUGUUUGUGCCGAGUCGAAAGCAGACUCGAGCCACCACACGCGACCUCCUGACCGCCGCUUUCAUGGAUGACGACGAAGAUCGUUUCCUGCACGCCGAGGUUGAGCAGAUGCGCCCUCUUCUCGACCGUGUCAGCGAAGAAGCUCUGGCCGAGGCCCUUUCUCACGGUGUUGGAUACUACCAUGAGGCUCUGAGCCAGAGCGACAAGCGCAUCGUCAAGCACUUGUAUGAGCAUGGUGCCAUUCAAGUUCUGGUUGCUUCUCGUGAUGUUUGCUGGGAGCUCAACAGCACCGCUCAUCUUGUCGUCGUCAUGGGCACGCAAUAUUUCGAGGGCCGAGAGCAUCGCUACGUUGAUUAUUCUUUGAGCGAGGUUUUGCACAUGUUUGGCAAGGCUCUGCGCGCCUCAAAGGAUGGCCGAGGCAGAGGUGUUCUCAUGCUCCCGGCGGCGAAGAGAGACUUCUACAAGAAGUUCCUGAAUGAGGCCCUUCCCGUCGAGUCUCACCUCCACAACUACCUCCACGAUGCUUUUGUGACUGAGAUCAGCACUAAGAUGAUCGAGUCGGGAGACGAUGCCAUCAACUGGACGACUUUUACCUACUUCUACAGACGUCUUCUCGCCAACCCCAGCUUCUACAGUCUUACCAGCACCACGCAAGAUGGACUCAGUGACUACAUGUCCGAUUUGAUCCAGACAACCCUCCAGGAGCUGAGCGACUCGAAGAUUAUUGAGCUUGAUGAGGAUGACGGCUCGGUUGCGCCGCAGAACGCAGCGAUGAUUGCUGCCUACUACAACAUCUCCUACAUCACGAUGCAGACCUUCCUCCUGUCUCUGAGUGCCAAGACAAAGCUCAAGGGUGUCCUUGAAAUCAUUACAUCGGCUACCGAAUUUGAGGCUAUCCAGAUCAGGAGGCACGAGGAAGGUAUCCUCCGCCGCAUCUACGACCGUAUUCCUGUUAAGAUGGCUGAGCCCGUAUAUGACUCGGCGCAUUUCAAGGCCUUCGUUCUUCUCCAAGCACACUUUUCCAGGAUGCAGCUACCAAUCGACCUGGCCAAGGAUCAAGAGGUUAUCAUUUCCAAGGUCCUCAGUUUGCUGAGUGCUACGGUUGAUAUCCUCUCUUCUGACGGUCACCUCAAUGCCAUGAACGCGAUGGAAAUGUCACAGAUGGUGGUGCAAGCAAUGUGGGACCGUGACAGCCCCUUGAAGCAAAUCCCUCACUUCACGCCUGAGGUCGUGAAGGUGGCGAAUGAGUUUGGGUAUGUACCAUCUUCAUCAAUGAUUCUGUAUGCAGCUAACCUUGAACUCCUUCACAGUGUCAAGGACAUUUUUGAUUUCAUGGAGGCCAUGAACCCAAAGGAGAACCCAGACUACGCCAAGCUGGUCAAGCGUCUUGGUCUCUCGCAAAAACAGCUGGGUGAGGCUGCCGCCUUUACCAAUGACAAAUACCCCGACAUUGAGCUCGAGCACAGCAUUUUGGAUGAGGACGACAUUCGGGCCAACGAACCGGCAUACCUUAGUGUGCAGAUUCAACGACAAGUGGACGAGGACGACGAGUUUGACCCGACUGUGCACGCGCCGUUCUACCCUGCCAAGAAGCUGGAGAAUUGGUGGCUUGUGGUCGGCGAAGAGACGACGAAGAACUUGCUCGCCAUCAAGCGCGUCACGAUUGGACGCGAGCUCAAGGUCAAGCUGGAGUUUACAGUGCCGACGGCUGGUAAGCACAACUUGAAGCUGUUCCUAAUGAGCGACAGCUACGUCGGAGUAGACCAAGAACGCGAAUUUUCCAUCACAGCCGCGGAGGGCAUGGACGUGGACGACAGCGAAGAAGAAGAAGAAGAAGACGAGGAAUAG